CCCGAAAUUCUUACCACCAUACUCUUCUCCUCUCUACGCAUUGUACCACCACACAUCUCAGCAAUUACUUGCAAUACUCAUAGUUUUUGUCUUUUACUUUGACGAAUACUGUAACUGUAUAAUUUGGCUCGGUUUUGUACCAAUUGCCCAGAAUUCGUUUCGUUCGAGCUCUCGUCACAAGAGUCCCUCCCUCGUAUCGAAGGCUCAUCGUGCAUCCACCUCCCACCAUCAGUCUCCACAUACAAGCUAUCGCCAUGUCGACUCUCAAACGCAAAGCCGGUGCCUCAGCCGGGAAUGACUCGAAGAAGCCCAAAGCGAAUGGCAACAUUGCUUCAUUCUUCGGAGCCGCUCCUAAGCCUGCUGGUGCUGGUGCUUCUGCUCCCGCACCAGCCGUCAAGUUCGAUAAGGCCAAGUGGGUGGCUUCUUUGAAACCAGAGCAGAAAGAGCUCUUGCAGCUCGAAAUCGAUACUCUUGACGAAAGCUGGUUGGCACAUCUGAAGGAUGAUCUUGUUACAAAGGAGUUUCUGGACCUGAAGCGAUUCUUGGAUCGGGAAAUCAGCUCUGGUCGCAAGGUAUUCCCACCUAGGAACGACAUCUACUCAUGGUCCCGUCAUACUCCCUUCAGCAAUGUCAAGGUUGUCAUUGUUGGUCAAGACCCCUACCACAACGACAACCAGGCCCACGGAUUGGCAUUCUCCGUUCGACCUCCGACUCCUGCGCCACCAUCUCUCAAGAACAUGUAUAUUGCUCUGAAGAAGGAUUAUCCCACAUUCGAGCCACCGCCAAACCGAGGAGGUCUUCUCACCCCUUGGGCAGACCGUGGUGUUCUGAUGUUGAACACUUGCCUGACAGUUCGAGCCCAUGAGGCCAACUCGCACUCCAAUCGAGGAUGGGAGAAGCUCACACAGCGAGUCAUUGAUCUGGUGGCUCAAAAGAGAACAAGGGGUGUGGUCUUCAUGGCCUGGGGAACACCAGCCGGCAAGCGAGUGCAGAAGAUCGAUCGCGUCAAGCAUCUUGUACUUCAGAGUGUCCAUCCUAGCCCUCUCAGUGCUUCCAGGGGUUUCUUUGACUGCGGUCACUUCAAAAAAGCCAAUGACUGGUUAAUUACACGAUAUGGACCUGAAGGAGAGAUUGACUGGGCACUCGGACCUGGCACUUCCACAAAAGCUCCAGCGACGGAAGCCGAUACCAAAGAGGCUAAAUCUGCUGAGAAAAAGGCUGAGGUCAUUGAGAAGACCAAGCCUGAAGUGGUGAAGAAGGUUGAAGAGGAUAAGGAGAACGAUGCCUUCGACGAAGAUGAGGAAGCUCUUGAAGAGGCCCUCAGGCUGGCCGAGGAAGAGGAGAAAGAAAAAGAAAAGUAAUGUUGAAAUUGUUCGGGCUCGGAGUGUAUGUGUCAUGACGGCGUUCAACACUAAGGGAAAGGUACUGGGCAUGCAAGCGUAGGGACAGCUUUUCAGCUAUUAAAUUUUCGGUUCCGGGUCAGGGAUCAAUGUAGGAUCAGCCUCGGGAAUCUAUGUACAUGGAUAUUGGAAAAGGUUUAUAGGAUGGAUGAAUACGGAACACUAUGACGCUCAAUGCGUGAUCCUCACCUGGUGCAACUCCUCACAGCUUGACGCUUAGCAUAAAG